AUGGAGAACACCCUCAACAUAUUUCGUCAAUUAAGCGUCAUUCAUACGGUAUUACUGCUAGUACUGUAUUGCUACAAUACUAAUUCUAUCCUCAUUGCUGACCGUACCUACCGUGAAUUCGUCAUGAAAAACAGAAUGUUUUCCCAAGCCCACCAAAGUCAGAAUAAGUCCAAGUCCCUUGAACUUUUCGCCGCCGCCUUGAACACCGAAGUCUGUUAUGCCGUCCUGACCUCAUCCAUUUCUCCAUGUAAACGCCAGUCCGGUAUCUUGGAGCCUAUAAGGGUAUUUCAUGAGACGUCGACAAAGAAAAAAGCCAUCCGUAGUGUGAGAAUGCCCCCCCCCCCCCCCUGA